CUUUGUCAGCCUGUACUAUCGUUUUCUCUUCCUUUCUAGCACGGAGAAGAUCUCUUGCUCUGUGGUUGAAAUGUUAUGCAAUGCCUUAAUUAGAAUAAUUUAAGUUGUUGUAUAACUUGGAUGAGCUAAGAAUAUCACUUAAAUUACUUCGGUUUAUUGAGGAGAAUGGAUUAAAAAAAUAAAAUGGAACAAAAACUAGCCGUAUUUAAUAAUCCAUUAAUAUUGGAAAAAAUUUUCCAGUUUCUGAAUGCGUACGACUUAUCUUCAUGUUCUCAAGUCUGUUCCAUUUGGUACAAAAUUUCUGCAGCAGAAAAGAAGCGCCGUACAGAUAUCGCCUGGAUAUUUUCUGUUGGUCCUUGUCCUGAUCGUAGAUUUGAAUUGAAACAUAUGAAAUCAUGUGGUUCAACUGAACAUGGGGAAGUAGAAAAUAGUACAUUUGAACAAUUGGAAAAUUUGCAGUCAGAACCUGUUUUCUGCACAGCAUUUAUGACUACAAGUUUGUUUGAAAAAAUUCAUAAAUUUUUUCCAAGCUUUGGUGAUACUGAACGUACUGUGAAAAGAUUCAAACCUUGUGGGAGUAUUACUAGAAGAAAAUAUCUGAAUUCAGUUAUGGAUGUCGUAUUUAAAUCGUUUCUGCCAAAAAGAUGCAAAAUGGCCUUUACAGUUUCAGCUGGCAUAAUUGGUUGCAAGACAGACUGUGUUCCAUUGGAAGUAGAAAAUGGACCAGCAGUUGCUGGAUUUUUCAUUCCAGAAAUACCAGGAGUGGAAGUAAAUCACUAUGCUAUAUCUGGAAAAAAGAGUAGUUUGGCUGAAUUCGUAUCAAAAAAUGCACCAGUAAAGUGUUUGCUGUUAUUUUUAACAUCUAGAGGAGUAAGUAUUGCCAACAAAUUAGUUCGCAGUUGUUGUCCUGAAGAAGAAGACAUCAAUAUGGCUGUUGGUGGUGCAAUCGUAGAGCGCACAAAUUCACUUUUAGGUUCAGCAACAGCAUUUUGUGGACCAAACGUUGAAGCAGCCUCUGUCAUAAUUAAUGCAUAUGACAGAAUAGAAGAAAUAACUGCAAAAUUAGAAGUAUUUCGGGAAUCUGGUUUAUUAAAAAAUAAGUGCUUUGCAUACAUGUUUGCAUGCAUAGGACGAGGUUAUUGCUUUCAUGAGGAACACAAUGUAGAAAGUGAAAUUUUUAGUAAGAUGUAUCCAAAAGUUCCUAUAAUAGGAGUAUUUGGAGAAGGUGAGAUAGGUGUAAAUUACAUUCCAAAUGUUAUUUUAGAAAAUAAAAAGCUAAAAGCUGGUAAGUUUAAGACCACAAAACGAUUUCUGCAUAGUUAUACUACUAUAUUUGUUUUAAUAUCGAUCAAAAUGUGAAGGAUAAUGAGUGCAAUUUAAGCAAUGAUGGGAAAAUAAAUAUUUUGCAAUAUUCUAAAGUUUUCACUUGAGCAUUUGGUUUUAAAAAUUUCUGUUAUAAAAAAUAAUUCACCACAAAGUAUAAAAUUAAUGUUAGAAGAAAAAGUUGUUUUAUCUUAGAUACAUAUAUUUUUAUUUAUGCAUGCUCUGAUAUAUUACAGUAUUUUAAACAUUGAUUAAAAUUUUAUUUAAUACUAAAUAACCAUCUGUGUCUCCAUGCCUAUGCCACUCUAAGCCGAAAAUUAUUUGUAAUAUUUACUAUAAGAGAGAAUAUGGAUUUUAUUCACAAUCUUUUUUCACUUUUUAAUAUUGGAAAAUAGACACUGCUGUUUGCUUUUCCACAGUAAUUUACAGAAAAGUUAUAUAUUUAAAGGAAAAAAAUAAUUGUAAAUUUUGUGAUGUACAGAAACUUUAUGAACAACAUAUCAAUGUGUAUUAUAAAUAUUAACAUAUUUGAUGUUUGUAUAGAUAAAUAAACGAGUGAAUUUUCAAAUAUAUUGUGAUUGUGAUGUGGAUAAAAAAAAUUAGUAUUUUUCUGAAAGAUAAAUUCUUCAGAAACAUAUUGUUUAAAAGUAUGCAAUGUUUUUUAAAGUUAACAAUAAGCUUUGUAUUCAUUUCACA